UUUCCUUCGAUGGCUUCGUUCUCCUCCGCUUAGCUGCUCACAUCUAUGUGGAUCUUAAGUGACGCCGCAGGACUGCUCAUUGCUGCAGUAUUAGGUUUUUCUUGACCUGACUGUCUUAUAAGGUAGUCUCAUUAUUCUCAACUGCAGGAUUUACGGUUUGUUCAUAUAAUUAUUUUAUUUUUUUUGAAAAUGUCAGGUAUACGGUUUUCACAAAAAUGGCGUCUUUUGUUUCCAUCUCUUCUAACCAUGAUCGUAAAAAUCAAAGUAUGAUUGGGUUGUAUGUUGGAUAGUCCGUACUUUAGUAGAAAAAGCUGACAUUUUUCCUCUUUUUAAGCAUUCCAUUCUCAGAUAAGUUAAGGCCGCUUUGGUUGCACGACCUCAGGGUGUGCACCCAAGUCACCCUGCUGGUUGAUCCAGCCAUGCCUCUAGCAUCUAAUGAUCUUUUCCAAGCGUGAGGUGUGGACUGUUCUUUUCUACUUGUAAGGCAUGUUGUGACGGCAGAAAACGAAAAGUAUAGUAUAUAUGGGUGCGAAGACUUUUGUCACAAAGCACUGCAUAUCGAGAUUCAUUGGUUGAUACUAACUAAAAUGGUGCCAACUGAAGACACAUGCAAAAGCGGCUACCGGGAGAGCGGCACGUUUGACCAUACGUGUGUGUCUUGCCGUUUUUCAAGUUGGUAGAGAAAAGACGGCAUCUUCCUACCGCUUCUCACCUGGCUGUCUGGUCAGGAAGUGACGCAUUCGGUGCAUUUGCUCCAGUAGAUGUUGGGGUCGGCGAGACAGCUGCGAGUGAGGAGACUGACAGCUCCGAGAAGCGCCCUGGCAGCGCAGCUGCACCCCGCACAGCAGACAGGAUGUUCGGCUACCGCUACGUUACGCGGCAACAGCUGGCCGGCUUCGACCAAUACAAGUACAAUGCAGUUGAUACAAAUCCGCUGUCUGUGUAUGUCAUGCAAAAUCUGUGGAACAGGAUAGUGAAGGCUGUUCCUUUGUGGAUUGCUCCAAAUCUGCUGACAUUCACUGGGUUUCUGUUGAUCCUAUUAAACUACUUCCUGUUGGCGUAUUAUGACUGGAACUACACAUCAUCCAGCCUGGGGUCUCGGCAUGCCCCUAAAUGGGUGUGGGGUUUGACUGGACUCACUACUUUCUCUGCUUAUGCUUUGGAUUCAGUUGACGGGAAGCAUGCAAGGAGGACACACUCCAGCAGUCCACUUGGGGAGCUGUUUGACCAUGGACUGGAUAGCUGGGCCACCUCACUUUUUACACUUUCCUUUUUCUCGGUGUUUGGCCUCUCUGCUGAGAGGGAGGUGACACCUUUCACCCUGUACUACAUACUGUGCAUCAUCCUGUUUACAUUUAUGUUAUCCCACUGGGAAAAGUACAACACUGGGGUGCUCUUCUUGCCCUGGGGAUAUGACAUAAGUCAAGUGACAUUAACAUCUGUCUAUUUGCUGACAGCAAUAUAUGGUGUAGAAGCGUGGCACAAGCCUCUGAUGUUUGGCUAUUUGUUUGCGGAUAUAUUAAUAGCCAUGGUCAUUGGCUGCAGUGUAUUUCUGUCUCUUCCACAGACUCUGUACAAUAUUUACCAAGCAAAGAAACUUGGAACCCUCCAAAGAAAUUCAAUUUCCGAAGGCCUCCUUCCUCUUUUAUCACCCACAUUGUUGUUCCUAUUAUUAACAACAUGGGCAAAAAUAUCACCAGAGGAUAUCCUUACUAAAAACCCCAGGAUUUUCUUGUGGAUGGUGGGGGUUACCUUCUCAAAUGUUACAUGCAGGCUGAUUGUUUGCCAAAUGACCAAAACAAGGUCAGAAGUCAUUCAUUGGCUGCUCAUUCCAUUAGCUGGGACUGUUGGUGCCGUUUACAUGGGGCUUGAGGUGCACUCGGAGUUUGCCUUAUUAACUGGGUACACACUUCUGGUGACAGUAGCCCAUGUCCAUUACGGAAUCUGUGUGGGAAAGCAGCUGAGCGCAUAUUUCAACAUUUUCAUAUUUUCUUUGGAGAAACGACGUUUGGACUGAGCACAGUUGAAUGUCUGGGACAGUAUUUACAAAUUAAAUUGCGUCUAAUUGUGAAACCCCUGAAUGUCCGAAAGAGGAUAAAAAAUAUUCUGGAUUUUUAAAAUUGUUUUAAUCCUGGACGGCUUAUUAUUUCUCAGGGUAAGCAAUGACAGUUUAUUAUUAUGAACAGUAAUCGCGUAAAGAUGUGACAUCAAAAGAAACGUUUCACAGCAGAGGGUCGCCCGUGCUGAACGCCUGUCCGUCUGCCUGCUCACCCCCUCCUUGAAGAGCGGCCCCCUGCCAGGAAUGCUGUGCCCGCACGUCCCUGGACACAAACUACAGGGCUGCUGUGUACUGUGGGCUCAGGAUUGUUGGAACACCAAGGUUCCCAUGGAUUUGCCUCAGUAAUUGUCGGUCGGAGUCAUUUUCUUUGUUUCCAGUUUUUUUUUUUUUUUUUUAUAUAAAGGAUUCCCUUGGGGAUUCUUUUUUUUUUUUUCCCCCUCGCCGCUGUGGGAUAGAAGCAUGGAAAAAGAAAAUGGAUACUUGGGAACAAAUUAGGCAUAAGCUCGGCAACAGGUCAUUUAAUUGGAAUUUUGAUGGCCCCCUCCUAACCCAUUUCAGCUGAACUUUUCCUCAGGGUAGCUACUGGCAUCUUCUGAUGAAACUGGAGGUUCAGAAAUGCCAAAUUAAAAUGGAUUUGCAUCUGGCAUGAAGGGUAAUGCCUGCAGUGGUUUGGUAUCCCGUCUACAGCCGCUUCCAUCAAUGCUGUGACCCUAAACCAGAAAAACUGGGCGUGAGGCUGUCAUGUUAGCGUUGUGGACACGAGGUGAGCUCGUGGCUUGUGGCUCACUGGAUGGCUACAGCAAUUCAUGUGUUCCUGAAAAGCAUUUUUUAAAUAAUUUGUAGACUUUAGUGUUUUAGCCACAAACCCAAAAUGUUGUAAAAGACUGAGCGCUGCUGCUGCCCCAGCUUACUAAUGGCACACUUGAAAGUCGUCUUCGGCCCCAACGGUUCACCACAUUUUAGUUAAGUUGGACCAAAGCAAGGAAUUGGUUUAAACUAAAAAAGGAUGAACACAUAAAACUUGAACCUAAAUCAGCAAUGCCUGGCCAGGUCUUUUGUUUUUAUUAAAAUUGGACGUGAUCUGUAAGUAACUGUCCAUCAUCUGAGCCUAGUAAGUCCAUCUGAGAGCCCACUUGUGCAUACCCCGUGACUCAAGCCAUGCGUGGCCGGUUUGUGGGCAUGACAAGUCCACACUUUCCUAAAAUGAAAAUAAAUGACAGACUGCACCUCAUGAUGGUUCAGUGGUCGUUGCCAUUGACAUUUUUCUAGUUGUCUAAUUACCCCCAUCAUCCGAUAACUUCUGACUGAACGACUAACACAGCAGUGAAUGGCAAAGUUGUGUUCUUGUUCUGUCAAAACCCACCUGAUUGAUGGCAGGCCCCAUGUCGUUGUUUGCUUUUGGGCUCCAUGAAACCCUCGACUUCUUCAGUGAAUGACCUGCUGUGUCAAUUUAAAACUGCCCAGCCCUCACCCACAGGAUCUCAUUCGACACAGUAAGGUGGCAGCGCCCUGGAGGGAGUGACCAGUCAGACACAUGACAGCCAGCGGCACUCACCCCUGUGCCACGGUUCUGUCUUUGCAUUAAUCGUUAACUCCACAUAAGGGUAGCAAAGGAUCUAAGAGUACCCUGGUUGGCGUGCCAGUCUAGUGUCACCAAUCAACCAAACCUGCAGGUCAUUGUGCAGAUAUACCUCCUCAUACUAGACCGUCUGCCAUAAUGUUAGUAAUCAUUGAAUUUACAGGCAUGAUUUGUACUAGUUUACUUUUUUGUUUAAAUUUUGAAGAAAACAGUAACUGUAGCAAAUAAUAUGGUGGGCAUAUCCUGUGUGGGUCCAGCGGCUGUGAAGCAUCUGAUCAUUCACUGAUCUCGACUUUGCUGACGAUGCUGUGAUCCUCGCUGAGUCAAUGGAGGCUCUGAAUGUCCCGAUAAAAACCAAGAGCCAG